AUGAAAUGUUUUUUUCUUAGGAUUGAAUUUACCACAUUAGCUGUUCAACAUAAUGCUGUCAAUCUUGGUCAAGGUUUCAUAGAUUAUGAACCACCACAAUAUUUUUUAGAUAUCUAUGACGAAACAGUCAAAGAGCAUAAUAAAUUCUUACAUCAAUACACUCGUGGAUUUGGUCAUCGUCGAUUAGUCGAAGCAAUAUCAAAUGUCUAUUCAUUGUAUUUUAAUCGAAAACUUGAUCCAUUCAAAGAAAUUCUAAUAGCUAGUGGAGCCUAUUCAUCAUUAUUCAAUGCAAUUCAUAGUAUUGUUAAUUCUGGUGACGAAGUUAUUUUAAUUGAACCAUCUUUUGAUUGUUAUGAACCAAUGGUUCGUGCAGCUGGUGGAAUUGUUCGAUGUAUACCACUUCGACCAAGAGUAGAAUCAAUUAAACAAGAUAUAUCAUCGAGUUCGGAUUGGAUACUUGAUAAAAAUGAAUUAGAAUUAAUGUUUAAUUCCCAUACACGUCUUAUUAUAUUAAAUACACCAAAUAAUCCUCUCGGAAAAGUUUUUACAUUGGAAGAACUUGAACAUAUUGCAAAUUUAUGUCAAAAAUAUAAUGUUAUUUGUAUAUCAGAUGAAGUUUAUGAAUGGAUAAUAUAUGAUAAUAAUAAAAAACAUAUACGUAUAGCAACAUUGCCUAAUAUGUGGCAACGAACAUUAACAAUAGGAAGUGCAGGUAAAACAUUUUCAUCAACAGGUUUAAAAUUAGGUUGGACAAUUGGACCAGAACAUCUUAUUCGUUUAAGUCAAAUUGUUCAUCAACAUUCUGUUUAUAUAUGUCCAACUUUAUCUCAAGAAGUUGUGGCACGUUGUUUUGAAUAUGAAUUAAAACGUUUAAAUUCUUCAGAAUGUUAUUUUAAUUCAGUAUCAAAUGAAUUUAUUAAAAAACGUAAUCAAUUUGCUCAAGUUUUAAAAGAAUGUGGAAUGAAACCAAUUAUACCUGAUGGAGGAUAUUUUAUGCUUGCGAGUUUUUCUCAAUUUGCAAAUGAUGAACAGUUUCAAUCAGAAGAAGAUAAUAAGAAAGAUUUUAAAUUUGUUCGAUAUUUAAUAAAAGAAAAACAACUUGCAGCAAUUCCUGUUUCAGCUUUUUAUACAAAAAACCAUCAAUAUCUAGGAGAAAACUAUAUUCGAUUCUGUUUUGCUAAAGAUGUCGAAACAUUGAAUAAAGCAAGCGAUAUUCUGCGAAAACUUAAAGCCAAUUAG